CUACCAGCACCUUGCUCUGCGGCUGGCCGCUGCUGCCCCGCCACUCUGAGCAUGGAAAGGAGGGCACGGAGCUCCUCCCGAGAGGCCCAAGGGAGAGGCGGCAGGUCCUCUUCAAGGGAGGACAAGAAGGGGAAGACCGAGAGAGGCAGCCGCGGGCGCCGGGAUGCUGGGUCAGAGCGGCGGAGCUCCGGGAGGACUAGGACCCUGGGGGAGCCCCGAGCCCCCGCAGGCACUGUAGUGGACGUGGAUGAUGUUCGGGGCUCUGGUGAGGAGGGCACCGAAGUGGUGGCGAUGCUGGAGAGCGAGAGGCCAGAGGAAGGUACCAAGUCUUCUGGUUUAGGGGCCUGUGAGUGGCUUCUUGUUCUCACAUCCUUCCUCUUCAUCAUCAUAACUUUCCCAUUGUCCAUCUGGUUCUGCAUAAAGGUUGUAAAAGAAUAUGAAAGGGUAAUUAUAUUUCGACUGGGACAUCUGCUUCCUGGGAGAGCCAAAGGCCCUGGUCUGUUCUUCUUUUUGCCCUGUCUGGACACCUACCACAAGGUUGACCUUCGUCUCCAGACCUUAGAGAUACCUUUUCAUGAGGUGGUGACCAAAGACAUGUUUAUAAUGGAGGUAGAUGCUGUCUGCUACUACCGCAUGGAGAAUGCCUCUCUUCUUCUAAGCAGUCUUGCUCAUGUGUCCAAAGCCAUCCAGUUCCUGGUACAAACCACUAUGAAGCGCCUCCUGGCACAUCGAUCCCUCACUGAAAUUCUUCUAGAGAGGAAAAGUAUUGCCCAAGACGUAAAGGUUGCCUUGGAUUCAGUGACCUGUGUUUGGGGCAUCAAAGUGGAGAGAACCGAAAUUAAGGAUGUGAGGCUGCCAGCUGGGCUUCAGCACUCUCUUGCUGUGGAAGCUGAAGCACAAAGACAGGCCAAAGUGCGGAUGAUCGCUGCAGAAGGGGAAAAGGCCGCUUCUGAGUCCCUGAGGAUGGCAGCUGAGAUUCUGUCGGGCACCCCGGCGGCUGUUCAGCUUCGAUACCUACACACCCUUCAGUCACUGUCCACAGAGAAGCCGUCCACUGUGGUUUUACCUUUACCAUUUGACAUGCUAAAUCUCCUGUCUUCUCCCAGCAACAGAGCUCAAGGAAGCAUUCACUACCCCAAUUCUUUCAAACCUGUUGAGUCACUAAAUCCCAAAAAGAAAGACUCUCCCAUGCUGUAG